CCUGUGGGAGAGACUGGAGUAAACAGGGAAUAUCCCAUGUUCCAGCCCUUGUGCUUCAUGCUCAGCUGGGCAAAGGCUUGGUUCUGAGUUCUGAACUGCUUCAAAUAUAUCCUUGUUGCCACCGAGAGUUUAGGAUAGGAAAAUCUAGAGAAAAAAGAAGCAGUAAGGAUUUAUGUGUCAUCGUGUUUCAUGACUGGUAAAUCCUUCAAUAAGUCAUCCAAUGGGGCAAAGAGGCAAAGGUUGAACCACAGCAAUCCACAGCCAGCUGGUGUUUCUUGAUGCCAUAAAUUGGUGAACGCAAACAAGGGCACAGGGCAGAACAGGGAGAUCAGCUUAGCUGGAAAAGGGGAUUUUAAAGGGAUUUUUCGGCAGCUCACCAUGGCUAUUCCUCACUGGCUUCUCAUAUCUGCACUUUUCCUGCUGCCCCUCUUGGCACAGAUUUCAGCACAGGAACCCGGAUGUUCUGUCAGUAACAACAACCCAAGCGUUCCUGAAAAUCAAUGUCCUUAUGUGGUGGCUACCAUCCAUGUGCAGCCAGGUUUCACCCUAACAAUUGAUCCCAAUUUCCCUGAUGGCCAAUUCUUCACCAUUGAGGGCUCCGAGCUGAGGCUGACAAAGUGUGUGGACUAUGAGGAAGACCCCGUGCUGCUGCUGUACCUGACCUGCAAGGACCCUGCUGGCCAGAGCGAUUCCUUGCAAAUCCUAGUCACCAUUCUGAACGAGAACGAUAAUCCCCCUGUGUUCCCACAGCCAAACAUCACCAGGGACGUCCCAGAGGAUACAGAAGUGGACACAGUCAUUGUAGCCCGUGAAGAAGUAACUGCUUCUGAUGCUGACCUGGACACCAUCUACUACGAACUCACUACCACAGGGCAGAACACAGACGGUUAUUUUGCCAUAAGAGGAGUUAAUAACCCGGAAAUUUAUUUACAAACAGCGUUGGACUAUGACAAAUUUAAUUCAGCAACAUUGCUCUUAUAUGCGAGGGACAGGCCUGUGACCAGCUCUGAGGCCACCAACACGGCCACUGCGACAAUAACCAUCGCCAUCAAGCAGAGUGACACCCGGGCACCCUGGUUCCUGCCCUGCACCCAGCUCCACAACGACGCCAGUGUCUGCAUCAGCAGCCCCUACUCCGGCAGGGUCAACAUCUCCGAGAUGGCGACGGGCCCGCUCCUCCUGGAGCCAGGACCCAUCUAUGCUGUGGACCCUGACUACACCAUCAACGACAGGAUCGUGUACAGAAUUGUUGGGGGGAAUACAAAUGAAGUGUUCUCAGUGGAUGCAGACACAGGGAAUCUAACCAUGAACAAAAUAGUGACUUCCCCAGAUUCCUUUCUGUUGCAAGUUAUGGCCACCCAGGUCAGCAACAUAAGGAAAUACUCUGUAGCCACUGUAGAGAUCAAGGUCAUCAAUAAAAGCAACUUUCCGCCCUACUUCGAGAAGGGGGUCUACAAUGGGAUGGUGUUUGUUGGGCUGCCUCAGAGAAGCUUCGUCUACCAAGCUGGAGAUCCUUCCACCCCCCUGGUGAUAACAGCAAUGGAUCAGGAUUUCCCUGAUAAAGUCAACCCCAACAUGGAGUACUAUCUCAAAAACAGCACUGACUUCAUCAUAACCAGGGAUGGGCUCAUCCUGACCAACAAGGUGCUGGAGUCCCCAGGAACUGUGAUCAUCCAGGCUGUUGGAAAAGAUGUGUUGAGCCUGCAGGAGGCAAGCACCAUAAUUGUGGUGGAGGUCAUCCUUGCCACAGCUGUAACCCCCUCUGACAAGAUGUACACUGCUCAGGACAUGGCUAUCCUAGGGGGCACAUUAGCAGCACUGCUGUUAAUUGCCUUAGUCUUCCUUGGAGUGCUGAUAUGGAAAUCCAGUAGGUGGUACAGAAAACCUUUCAAAUACCUGGUGAAGAAAAAGGUUUCCAAGGAAAUCUCUGGGGGUCACCAGAACAAAUAUUACCAGGAAGAUGAAGAGCCAGAUGUGAGCACCAAGCAGCAUGAGACAUCAGAAACCAGCAGUGUCCGGGCAGAGACUCCUGUGCCAGAGCAGCCAGCACUUGCCUCACACUUCUCCAGUGCAGAGGAAACAGAGAGUCUCCCAAAGAGCUCCAUAGCUUCCACUGUCAUCUUUGACCAGGAAGAGGAAGAGGAAGAAAAGGAAGAAGAGGCUGGACAGGAGAAAGAAGUGAAGUCAAUCCUCAAAACAGACAGGCACGUGGCAGAUGAUGGCUACAAAGCUGUGUGGUUUAAGACUGAUGUGGACCCCGAGGCUGGAGAGAGGGUUCAAGUGAUUGAGGACACUGCAGCAGAUGAUGAUAAUGAUGAUGACAGUGACCAAGAUCUGCAGAAGAAUGAGGAGGAGGAGGAGGAAGAAGGUUCUGACACAGAUGGUCACCACCGAGGGCUGGGAGUGUCCUUUUCCUCAGAGAGCUCGUCACUCCCAGCAGCAGAGGUGACAGUCAACAUGUCUCACACAGGUGCAGGGACAGAUGUCACUGAGAUGUAAAGGAAAUUGGGUACAUACUCCCAAAAAUGGGACAAUCUCAGCUUCUUUGCUGACAUGAAGCCCAUCUUUCUGCUCAGGGGGAAAACUGGAAUGCAGAAGGGUGAGGUUAUCUGUCCUGCUUGUCUGAAUGCAGCAAAUAAGGCCAGAAGAGAUUACAGCUAAUUUAACCCUUUAGUGACACCUUGGAAUAUCACUUAGGAUUUUCAGGGUGAAGCGAUUCAUCUUUCCACCUUCCUGCCUGUUCCCCCUGGGUCCCUUGACAUCACCUCUCCUCAUCUGGCUGCAGGUACAGCCGAGCUGGCCUGGCCUGGCCUGGCAGCAGCGAGCCCAGCUCACAGGAGCAGUCAAGUGGCACAGUCCAGUGUUUGGCUCUUCCCUUUAGGGUGUUGCAGCAGGGUGUCAGCAAGUCCCUCUGAGCCUGCAGGUGCUCCUGUGACUAUGCAGGAGCUGACUUCAGGGCUUGGCUCUGCUCUGUUCUCCCACCACAAACAUCUGGAAUGUGCCACCACGCCCUUGUCUUGCCAGCCAGGAGGUUCCAUGCUCAGGACCUGCUGUUUCCUUUGCCACUGGUAAACACGGACUGAUCACGUAAAGGACUUUGUCAUCAAUUUUCUCUGUCAUAAACCCACUAAUUGUGCAGUACUUUAACUGUCUAUCUGCUGUGUCAGCCAAAGAGCUCCUGAGAUAUUGUCUUCAAGUGCCAAGUCAGCACUCUGUUUCCAGCUAGCAGAGGGAAGGAAAUAUUUGAUGCUGUUGUCUAGGUUUGCAUCUCCCACCAAUCUCUUCCCCAGCUGGCAGCCAAAAGCUGGGCUGGUUUCCACCAGCUGAGAGCAUGGCUGUGUGCAUUUGCAUCUUCUGAUCAUCAGCACAAGAUUUAUGCUGCUCCUGGAGAAAGAAACAAAAGAGUGACUGCUGGGGUCUGCAGGAACAUCAGAGCACGUGUGAUUCCCAGGGAGGCUGUUAUCCUCUUGGGCCAUUCAUGUCCCUGUCCCAGUGUUCCCGUGCUCACUCCUGCUCUCCUGUCUCUGAGGAAUGCUGCCCUGGCCUCCUGGACUUUGGGAGCUGUGUUUGUGCUGCAGAUCAAGCCCAGGACGCUUUCCUACUUCCUGCAGCAAUGCUGUUUGCCUGGGAAUUGCAGAGUGGUAAUGGAGGGUGGGGAGUGCAGCCAGUGUUUGCCGUAUAAAGAAUCCCUCCAGCAGCUUUGGGGUAUCUCCAGGAAGCAUUUUCCACAGGAUUAUGAGAAUGCUGGCAGCUGCUCACUGCUAACCCAACACCUCUGGCCACCAGCAAGGCUGAAGUCAAGCCUGCCCGCCGUGCUGAUGCUGCUCGUGGGAGGGUUGCUGCUGUGGGGAGAAGCUGGAGUGCUUCUCCUCUGCUCCGUUUCCUUGGUGGCUGUGCUGUGUGUGGUCCAUUCCUGUCACUGCUCUGCUGCCUGCCUGCCUUCCCUCAGCUGCUGUGUACUCUGGAUUGCUGCUGGCACGCUGAUUUACGAGCUCCCUACCACUGCAGUCUGUGUUCAGCUCUUGGUGCUUUCCUUCCCCUCACCAGCGUGCUUCCCAUGCUCUUGAGAAUGGGACUGGUCCCAUCAAAACAGUCUUUGUUUUCUCCCAGGUCUCAUCAGGACAUACAGCCACGGGAUUUGGUGUUUUUCAGGGUUAUGGGUGUAUGAUUCCAAAGGAGAUGAUGUUUGGUAAAUAUUGUGUCUGUGGAAGUGGUGGUUGUUGUGAGGAGAAGCACAAUAAUAAAACUUGGCAGCAGGCAGAGCUCAGCUGCUUCCAGUUACUGCCUGUUAAAGCCUCCAGAUCCUGUGUUCUUAACUCCUGUCUUUUUGGAAAGAAAUUAAGAAAAAUGUGUAAGGAACAAGAAGAAAACUUAGCCUUUUAAGUUCAAGUUCAUGUGAGCUUGCACUCCAUCUGUAUGGGUUGGUUUGUCUGCUGAGGCUGGGAAGGGUGACAGAGUUUUUGCAUCCUUCUGCAACAAUCAUGUUCAUUUAUAAACAUCUGCAUAAGAAAAAAAAAUGUACUGAUAGAAAUGUUUUUAGAAAAUUGGAUCAGCUUAAGUGUUUUUUGAUGGCAAAUAAAUAUCUACAUAUCUUGAAGGUCUCAUCCUUACUCCAAAGAAAUUCAAGUGCUUUUGGAAGUUUAACUCUACAGGUAGAUAUAAGAAAUGUCUUUCACACCAUCCCCAGACAAGCUCUGUUUUAUUUCUGUACCAGCUUAGAAUGUUACUUUUUUAAUGCUUGUAAUGCAGAGCUAUAAAAAGCUGGUCAGCAAAUUUGCAUGGGGAGAAAGAGCAAUUUCAGUGUGGCCGUGCUAAGUGUGGAUUUGAGGUUUUACAGCUGGGAGUGGCACAGAUGCCAAGGGAGAGGAUCCUCACGGAUUGCCAGCUUUGAGCACCCUCUCCUGAUGCAACACAGACCUGGCAUGUGCCUGUUUCACCUUCGUUUUAGCCUCUAGAAGGAAAAGAAGCCUCUCAGCUGCCAGGGGAAACUCUAAAGCUGAAUUGAAGCCAGCAGGUGCAAGCAGGGAAUUGGAAAAAUCAAGUAAAUACAGACAUUUUACCUGCAGGAAGUAACAGAAACAGACUGAAAAUGCUCAGGUGUCUGAAAAUUAAUUUCUGUUCAAAUUCUGUCUCCAUUUAGAACUGAAUAACCUCACGGAUUUCAUCAAGUGUCAUGGGCAUAACUGACAGCAAAUGCAUCCUUUUGCUUUUUUUCUUCUGAGAGAAAAAUACUUCUGGUUCAUGGCUUGCCAGAGUGCAGAGAACACUUGUUGGUUUCAUUUUGAAGGGAUGGAAGAGAAUUGGAGACCCUUCUCUUUGUAUGUAGGAUUGCAAAAUGAUCUAGCAUCUAUAAACUUCCAAAUGAUAAACAGUCAGAGAUAAAAGACCUGUUUUAAUUUGAUUCCCCUUAAAUAUUGAGCAGCCUUAGCUCCAAAAGGGAUACUUUUUUCUUCAAAAAAGAAAGGAAAUUAGAUUUUAUUCCAGUUUGCGUGAUAUAUUUUUUCAUGAGUUGAUUGCUGAGUCUUCGUGGAAAUGAAGCUGACAUAAGCAGUAAAUGGAACUUUAAAGAAACAGGAUCAACUCCAUCAAACAGGUUUUAAGCAAAUUUUGGCCUUUCCUUUUUCUAAAUACAUAUUUUAUCCAAUCAACAAUAACAGCAGUUCACCAUCAAAUUCCAAGGAACAAAUUUUGAACUAUAACAACAACUGAGGCUGCAGAAAUGAGCCAGUAGUAGUACUGGAACAGAAACUGUAUUCCUUUUUGCACAGAGAAGUUGCUGUAAUGAAGGACACAGAUGGGAGUGUCAGGUUUCCCCUUGAUUGGUGUAAGUUGAGAUAAACACUUGUAUGAUGAGCCUUAAUGGACUAGCUGAAACAUGUGAGGCAGCAUAUUAUGCUUGUGUUCUGCUUGAAUUUAUACAUCUUUACGAAGGUGUUAUGGGUUUUAUAGUGGGAUAAAUAUCCUAACUGUUCAGGUAUAAAAGUAACAGAUUUCUUAGGGAGAUAAAAGGUCAUGUAUCCCUUCUAGGUCCUGCAUGAGUUUCUGGAGCAUGUGAUGGAGAAACAACACCCAUCAACACCAUGGUCACAGUUUGUCUCUCCCAUGCUUACAAAAGCCCCAUGAGUCACAGGCAGAGUCUAUGAGUUAAGAGCAGUUGUGAAGAAACAAAACAUCCCUUUUUGCUCAUCCAAUUUUCUUUAUGAGAAACAUCUCUGAGCAUGUUCCCAGUAACAGCGGGCAGCUGCUGUGCCACUGCAGAUUCCAAAAAACCCAUUGAAGGGGAGAUCAUCACCCGUGCUUCACCACCAGGCUGUACCUGCGGAAAGGCCGAGGCGAGACCAGGAUCUGUAAAAUCUACGACUCUCCGUGCCUGCCCGAGGCUGAGGCCAUGUUUGCUAUCAACGCCGACGGAGUGGGAGAUGCUAAAGACUGAAAACUCCUUUUCUUCCCCUGAUCCCAAGACUGUGUGUGUGAGAGGCUCCUUUCCUGGUGGCACCUUAGGGACACUUCCCCAGGAAGCUGUGGCGGGAAGCGUCGGGACACGCCGAGCUCGGCCGCAGCUGUUGGGAGAGAUGGAAGAGUCUCCCUCGGGCUGCGGGCACAGGUGAGGCCCCUGUGCUUCCUCAGCAGCAUUCCCAGAGGACAAACCCUGCGUGGUUCCUUCCCUGGAUCCCACCGUGGACACAGUGCAGCAGAACCUUGGUGGCCACAGCUGGGAACUCGGUGGAUUGGGAGCAAAGCUGAAGGGUUUGGCACUAAGAGAAGCAGUGCCUGAUAAACAAAGGCAGAGUGGGAUUCCACACCCGGGAUUUGGGAUUGGUGGUGGUCCCAAUCCCUCAUCUUUCUGUUCAUUUUCUUUUGGAUGCUGCAGCCUGCUGGGCUGGGGGAGCUGUUCCUUUGCAUUUCAUUUUCUGUAUUCUGUUAAUUCUCUGUGGAAAUCUGCUUUUAAUAAAAAGGCUCCUGAGGACAUUGA